AUUGUACUGUGAAUAAUAUUCUCUAUCUAUUUUAAAGAUUACCAUAGAUAAAGUCAGAUAUUUAGCACAUUGUAUAAAAAGGUAAGUUAUUGUUUUUCUGCAGCUAAUUGCGAAAAUGAAGAUCACUGUUUUAUUGUUUUUGCUCAUAGCUGUUUGCCGAUCCUCCCCUGUUGUCCUAUAUAGGGAGGUUGCUCCAGGAGAGUGGUUAUCCGAAAAUGUAACAAACGAUUUAACAGGCUACACUAUCAGUGAGAAGGAUAUUAAGAUAUAUUUCAGAUCUCAAUCUAAUCCAACUAGCAUGAUUCCAGUAGAUCUUACAAAGCCAAAAGAAGUAAACAAAGAUGGAUAUUCAAAUGAAAAGGAUACUGUUUUCAUUAUUCACGGUUGGAGGAACGAAUUCGACUCUGCAAUUUGCGAAGAAAUAUCCGAAGCCGUUCUAAAAGUCAAAGAUGCCAACGUUUUCGUUGUUGAUUGGAGUAAAAUCGCUAAAAAUUUGUACAUUAUUGCAAAAGCUGGAGUACCUCAAGUUGGAAAAGUUGUCAGCAGACUUAUCAAGGAUUUGGUUAAUGAUAAUGGAUUGGAUUUAAAAAAGACGUUCAUUGUUGGACACUCUCUUGGUGCUCAUGUAGCUGGACUGUGUGGAGCUGCUCUUGAAGGAAAGAUUAAUCAUAUAGUAGGUUUGGAUCCCGCUUUACCUCUUUUUAAAAAUGCUGACAUAGACGAUCGUCUAGAUAUCACUGAUGCUCAAUUCGUUCAAGUUAUCCACACAUGCUCAGGACUGUUAGGAUUUAACCGUGCCUUAGGACAUGUUGAUUAUUGGCCUAAUGGUGGUUUUAACCAACCGGGAUGUGGAGGAAUUUUUGACCUUGGAGGUCAUUGCUCUCAUGGAAGAUCUUACAAAUAUUUUGCAGAAUCUAUAGUAUCUGGUGGAUUUUUCUCCCACAGAUGUGACAACUACCACAGUUUUAAAAGUGGAGAAUGCAGUUCAGAUGAUACUUCAAUGAUGGGCCAAUACUACCCAGAUGAAAAGGCAAACGGUAGCUACUACUUGACCACUAAUAGUCAUUCACCUUUUGCACGGAACUAAAUAGUGAUAAUUUACGUUAGUUUAUUUUAAAAAAUAAUAAAAACUAAAACAAAUAAUAAUUUUUUUAUUUACAAUAAAUAAAUGUAUAAAGUGUGUCCGAAAAUUGCAGGUACAUGGAGCUACCACAGAUUUAUGGAGUUAAAAUAAGUUCAUUUAACCAAACUUACUUUGUUUGACAAAUUAUAAUAAAAAUAUCUAUUUUUUAUUCAAUCUACAGAAUUGAG